AUGGAGUGUGGAAAAAGCUUUGGUUGGCGUCAACAUCUUAUUAAACAUCAAAGAAUCCACACAGGGGAGAAACCAUAUAGUUGCAUUGUGUGUGGAAAGAGUUUCAAUCAAAAGUGUGGAAAGAGCUUCAGUGCUAGUGGGAAUCUUACUACACAUCAAAGAACGCAUACGGGGGAGAAACCAUAUACAUGCAUAGUAUGUGGAAAGAGCUUCAGUCAGCACUUUGGUCUUACUUCACAUCAAAGAACCCACACAGGAGAGAAACCAUAUAAAUGCGUGGACUGUGGAAAAAACUUCAGUUGGCGUCAAGACCUUACCAAACAUCAAAGAAACCAUACAGGGGAGAAACCAUAUAAAUGGAAGGAAUGUAGAAAGAGCUUCAGUGACAAUAGCAAACUUACCUCACAUCAAAGAAGUCACACAGGGGAUAAACCUUAUAAAUGCUUUGCGUGUGGAAAGAGCUUCAGUCAGAGUAGCAACCUUACUUCACAUCAAAGAUGUCACACAGGGGACAAACCUUAUAAAUGCUUCCAGUGUGGAAAGAGCUUCAGUCGGAGUAGCAACCUUACUUUGCAUCAAAGAAGUCACACAGGGGACAACCUUUAUAAAUGCUUGGAGUGUGGAAAGAGCUUUAGUCAGAGUAGCAGCCUUAUUUCGCAUCAAAGUUGUCACACAGGGGAUAAACCUUAUAAAUGCUUUGAGUGUGGAAAGAGCUUCAUUCGGAGUAGCCACCUUACUUCACAUCACAGAACUCAUACAGGGGACAAACCUUAUAAAUGCUUGGAGUGUGGAAAGAACUUCAGUCAGAGUAGCAGCCUUACUUCGCAUCAAAAAUGUCACACAGGGGAUAAACCUUAUAAAUGCUUUGAGUGUGGAAGACUUCCGGGAAGGGUGACUUCGCUUUGUGGAAAGAGCUUCAGUCUGAGUAGCCACCUUAGUUCACAUCACAGAACUAAUACAGGGGACAAACCUUAUAAAUGCUUGGAGUGUGGAAAGAGCUUUAGUCAGAGUAGCCACCUUACUUCGCAUCAAACAAUUCACACAGGGGACAAACCUUAUAAAUGCUUUGAGUGUGGAAAGAGCUUCAGGUGGAGUACGAACUUUACUCGACAUGAAAGAACUCACACAGGGGACAAACCUUAUCAGUGCUUGGAAUGUGGAAAGAGCUUCAGUCAGAGUAGCAACCUUACUAAGCAUCAAAGAACUCACAAAGGAGACAAACCUUAUAAAUGCUUUGAGUGUGGAAAAAGCUUCAGGUGUAGUAGCACCCUUACGGUGCAUCAAAGAAGUCACACAGGGGACAAACCUUAUCAGUGCUUAGAGUGUGGAAAGAGCUUUAGUCAGAGUAGUUACCUUACUUCGCAUCAAAGAAGUCACAGAGGAAACAAACCUUAUAAAUGCUUGGAGUGUGGAAAGACCUUCAGUAACAAUAGCAAUCUUACUUCGCAUCAAAGAAGUCACACAGGGGACAAACCUUAUAAAUGCUUCGAGUGUGGAAAGACAUUCAGGUCAAGUAGCACCCUUACGGUGCAUCAAAGAAUUCACACAGGGGACAGACCUUAUAAAUGUUUAGAGUGUGGAAAGAGCUUCAGUCGGAGUGGCCACCUUACUUUGCAUCAAAGAACUCACACAGGGAACAAACCUUAUACAUGCUUGUAGUGUUGAGAGACUUUUCGUCAG